AUGGGUGUCUCGCUAUCUACCCUAGUCGGCUGGACCGUCGUCAUCGCCGCUGUCUAUGCGGUUGCUUUCGGCAUCCCAGGGCAAAAGAAGGCACCCGCUGCAGUCCGCGGUGGUGCCACCCAGCGCCAGCGUCUGGAAGACAAGCCAAACACGCACAACCGCAAAGAGCCAAAAGAGAAGGCCAAGCGGCAGAGGGGGGACGCAUACAGCAAAGAUACUGAGGACACAAACAAGACAACACAAGUGAAGGCACGGACUACGAAGCCUUCCGCGCCAGUCCGCCCAGCAGUCGACGACAGCUCGGACGACGGUGCCGAUAACCGCGAGUUUGCCCGCCAAUUGGCCAACAUCAAGCAAGGCACUACCCUCAAUGCCCCGAAGAAGUCCGAUGAGAAGCGCCAAAAGUCGGUGAAGCAGUCCCGCGCCCAGGUCAUCGAUGAUAAGGUCAACGAGAUCAAGGUCUCGGCCCCGUCAUCCACCGCCGGCGUGGAUGCCGACGACGACGAAUCCGAGUCGGCCUCCCCCGAGAUCAAGGCCACCGAUGCGAGCGGCGUUAGCGACAUGCUCGAGCCCAAGGCCUCCGGGCCAUCGGUCCUUCGCUUGACCGACACGGACAAGGCUAAGACCAAGAAGGAGAAGAAGGCGAAGGAGCCCGAGAAGACCGAGACCAAGAAGCAGCGCCAGAACCGCCAAAAGGCCGAGGCGGCAAAGGCCCUCCGCGAGGAGACGGAGAAGGCGAGAAAGGUAGACAUGGAGAACCAGAGACGCCAGGCUCGUAUCGCCGAGGGCCGGCCUGCUCAGGACGGCUCCGCGUUCACUGCCCAAGCCGUGCAGUCCUCCGCAUGGAGCGGCAACGGUGCCAACGGCACCUCUGCGCCCAGCAACGCCACCAACGGCAGCUUCCUCCCGGUGCAGCCUCUCGACACCUUUGAGACCGGCAGCUACACGGACGUGUCCCUCCCAGCCAAGAACGAGGCCCCUGCCCCCGUCAAGGCCGCUCCAGCCACCAAGAGCAACCCGGCUGACAGCUGGAUCGCCACGCUUCCUUCCGAGGAGGAGCAAAUGGAGCUGCUCCGUGACGAGGAGGCCUGGAACACAGUGUCGACCAAGAAGACCAACAAGAAGAAGAAGGGGGCCGCCGCCGCUGCCGCAAACGAGACCGCCACCGACUCAGAGUCCGCUGCCGUGCAGCCAAAGCCUGCCGCGAAGACUUCGACCCCGGCUCCGGCUACCAGCAACGGCACCACCGCCGCUGCCCCCGCUAAGAAGCCGACCAAGAUUGUUUCCCAGCAGUCGGCCUUUGCCGCCCUGAGCACUAAUGAGCCUGAGGGCGAGGAGGAGAACGAGUGGGACGUCUAA